AUGUGACGCUAGUGUUCGUGAUGAUGUAAUUAGCGCCGACUUCCCGUUUUGAAGAUGGCAGCCGCCAUAAACACACCGACACCUGAGGUCGGGACAACGAAUCAGACCGAUGAUGAGCAUGACAAAAAAUGUAUUUUCUGUAAAAUCGUGAAGGGAGAAAUGGGAACUGAGCUUCUGCAUGAGGAUGAAACUGUGUCCUGUUUCAGAGAUAUACACCCUGGAGCUCCUCAUCACUAUCUGGUUGUACCAAGAAACGUGGGCAAUUGUAAAUCUCUCGGCAAAGAGCAUGUACCAUUAGUGGAGAAGUUGGUGGAAACCGGGAAAGAGAUACUUCAGAAGAACAAUGUGACUGAUUUAAAUGAUGUUAGGUUUGGGUUCCACUGGCCUCCAUUCUGUUCUGUCACACAUCUGCAUCUCCAUGUUCUCGCACCUGUCAGUCAGAUGGGCUUCAUGUCCCGCUUGGUCUACAGGUUAAACUCGUAUUGGUUCAUCACGGCGGACCAGUUACUUCAAAGGCUGAACUCUAUGAGCUAAAUGUACAGGAAGUUAGAGGAACUCAAAAUAUGUUAAUGUUUGAGAUGCCCAGAGCAAUGUUACUCAUAAUAGCAGUCCAAGUCAAUUUGUUUGUGAUGACAAAAGGUCACAGACAUGUGCCUCAGGGUUGUAAUACUCAUAAUACUAUGUUUUCUGUUAGUUAUAUCGUCAGCCAGAUGGUUUAAUCAAAUUUGAAGCUACAAAACUGCAGCUAAUUUUCAAUUGCUUUAGGGGAAAAAGCAUGUCGACUAGUAAUUUAAAAUGUUGAUAAAUUUGACAGAAUCAUUAAACUUUUAUAGAGAACAGUUGGGAUUCUUCCAGUUUUACUAAAGUAAUAUGAUUUUAAGGAUACAGAGCUGUGACAAAAGACUUUUUAAAUAUGAAUGAGCUAAAAAUGGUAAUUAAUCUCAAUAAUUAGCUUUGGCCUUUAACCUCACACGAAUCGGUCAUAUCUAGAGCUAAAUGAUUUUGAUCAGAAUAUGGCAGUCUUUUUGUUAUUCUGUACUGCAAUGAUGAUUCAGGAACAGUUCUGUUUUUCUUCCUUCAUAUGACACUAAGUGAAAAGUUUUAACUCUGUUUUUGCCAUGACAUAGAUUGUAAUAUAUUGUGUCAGAUGUAUUAAUUAUUGAGUGAUGUAAGGUCGUAAUUGCACUGUAUGAUAUGCAUAAGCAUGUAAAGAAAAUAAAUAAUAACAUGCA